UCAGGAUGCAACAGUCCCCUCUGGUUUGUGAGAACACCGGAGAUGAGCGCUGAUUCAUUUUCCCCGAAGCCAACUUCUGAUUUUAUAAAACAAAGAAACAACAACAUUUGAGUGUAACUACAAAGGUGUGUACUGGAUGCCUGUUCCCAAGGAGUGACGAGUAAAGAGCGGGCAUUACUUUUUUUGAAAGGAACGUUACAUAUUCUUGAGUAACGAGUCCGACGCUGACGAGCGGUGGUGCGUCUUGGAGAGGGCAGGGACGCCGGAGACGCGCAACGGCAGCAGCAGCGCAGUCUGUUUGGAGCCACCGGUUGAGAUCAUUCAACACUCCGAGCGCUGACUGUCUGAGCGGAUUGUGGGAUACAAAUCGACGACUUCCCCUUGCCCAGAAACUCCCUUAACAAACGAUGGACAUCCUCCUCGGCCCCCUAAAUAGCCACGAAAGCGUCGGAUGAGUGAAAUCGGAGAUGCUGCGCACCACGGCCAAAAUCCUGGAGCUUUUCUGAACAGGACUGUGGGUGUGUGCGCGUCGGGCUCGCCGUUACCUCCGGACUGCACUCGCCAACUUCCCCCGCUUUCCAUCAAGUCAUGUCUGAUACAGAGCGAUGGGCAAGUUUGACGACAACGAGAGGAUAAUCCUCAACGUCGGGGGCACCAGACACGAAACCUACAAAACCACCCUGAAGACCCUGCCGGGGACGCGACUGGCCCUGCUCGCCUCCGACUCGGACAUCGACUCGGUGCUGGAUCAGCUGCAACAAGUCCCCGGCUUCAUCGAGUACAACGCGCGGACCAACGAGUACUUCUUCGACCGCCACCCGGGCGUCUUCGCCUACGUGCUCAACUACUACCGCACCGGGAAACUCCACUGCCCGGCGGAUGUGUGCGGACCGCUGUUCGAGGAGGAGCUCUCCUUCUGGGGCAUCGAUGAGACGGACGUGGAGCCCUGCUGCUGGAUGACAUACCGGCAGCACCGGGACGCGGAGGAGGCUCUGGACGUGUUCGAGCUCAACGUGGACAACGGGGAUGAGGACGACGAGAUAGGGAAGAGGCUCGGCAUUGAGGAUGUGGCUGCCGACGGUAAUGUCAGCCUGUGGAGGAAGUGGCAGCCGGUGAUCUGGAAUCUAUUCGAGGAUCCCUACUCCUCCAGGGCUGCGAGGUUUAUUGCGUUUGCAUCGUUGUUCUUCAUCCUGGUCUCCAUCACCACCUUCUGCCUGGAGACUCAUGAAGCUUUCAACACUAUCAUCAACAAGACUGAGCUGAUGCGGAACAGCAGCGUGCCGGACUCUGGCCCGCAGUAUGAGAUUGAAACUGACCCUGCGCUCACCUAUGUGGAGGGCGUUUGCGUCUUCUGGUUCACCAUCGAGUUCCUGGUGCGUGUGACAUUCUGCCCAGUCAAGUUGGAGUUUGUUAAGAGUGUUCUCAACAUCAUCGACUUCGUGGCUAUCUUGCCUUUCUACUUGGAGGUAGGGCUAAGUGGCCUUUCUUCGAAGGCUGCCAAGGAUGUGUUGGGUUUCCUCAGGGUGGUGCGCUUUGUUCGUAUCCUGCGUAUCUUCAAGCUAACACGUCAUUUUGUGGGGCUAAGGGUGUUGGGCCACACAUUACGGGCCAGCACCAAUGAAUUCCUGCUGCUUAUCAUCUUCCUGGCAUUGGGAGUCUUAAUUUUUGCAACCAUGAUCUACUACGCCGAGCGAAUCGGCGCUGGGCCCAAUGACCCCACUGCUAGCCUCCACACCAAGUUCAAGAACAUCCCGAUUGGCUUCUGGUGGGCCGUGGUAACCAUGACAACACUGGGCUAUGGCGACAUGUAUCCAGAGACCUGGUCAGGCAUGGUUGUGGGCGCAUUGUGCGCCUUGGCUGGUGUGCUGACGAUAGCCAUGCCUGUGCCCGUUAUCGUCAAUAACUUUGGGAUGUACUACUCCCUGGCCAUGGCCAAGCAGAAACUGCCCAAGAAGAGGAAGAAACACAUCCCUCAGGUGGUGCAGGGAGGGUCCCCCACCUACUGCAAAGCUGAUCUCAACACCACCUGCAACAGCACUCAAGGUGACCUUUGCCACGUCAAAGGGAGCAGGGUACUAGAACGCAACCGCUCAGUGCUAUCAGCAGACUGCAGCGGGGGCAGUGACCUGACCAUGUCUCCAGAGGAGAGGGUCCCCAUGCGAAGGUCCAGCACCCGGGAACAGGACCACCGGAGCGGGGGGACAUGCUUCUUGCUUGCUGCUAGUGACUACACUUGCUCUGCAGAUGGAGGGCUAAGAAAAACAGGCUAUGAGAAAUCCCGGAGCUUAAACAACAUAGCGGGCAUGGCUGGUAACGCCCUGAGAUUGUCUCCUGUGACCUCGCCCUAUGGAUCGCCCUGCCCGCUGCGGCGCUCUCGCUCCCCUAUCCCCUCCAUCCUGUGAGACGUCCAGCCCUGAGCCACUUUGGCCCAGAACACCCCACAUUCUUACCCCCAAACAAACCUCCCUUUGGUAUUAUAUCUGAACUCUGUUCUAGAUAUUGUGACUAGUGGAUAAGUACUUAACUUUGUAGCUAAGACUAAUGUUAGUGGCUUGGGCAACCUGAGCAACUUCCCCUUUUUCCUUGAAGGUACAUGUGCUUGGCUUACAUCCUUAAGUAACUAGUCAGUUCUCCUGUGUCACCUGGAGCUCCCUUUAGUUCGAUAUUGUCGUACUUUGAGACUUGCAAUAAAAGAACUCUGACUGGUGGCUUCAGAAGUAGCAGCCAUAACAUUUAAUAACGGACAACUUGAUAAUCAGGGAUAUUAGAUGUUGCUAUAUUUAGAUACCUUGAAAAAGAUGUGCUUCCAAAAAAAGAAAGAAAGAGAGAUGUCACUUAAUUUUAACCUCAUACAACUGUGACUUUGUCUUUUGUUUGCUACUUUAUGUUUUGGGAGGCGGGAGGGAUGGGCAACAGGACGGAGGAUUUUGUCUUUCAGGACUGUGUUUCGACUCACACAAGCACACGUACAGUCUGUCAGUCUUCACCUGCUGCCGGGUCCGCUCAUGUUUUUGCAUGGAUCAUCCUGUAACCAUCGUCUGCAAGCAAUGUGGCGAGGGGAGAAGGGACGAGGCAGACAGAGAGGAGUGCUUAAGGAAAUAUAUUGGAAAUAUAUAUAUAUAUUUCUUUAUAUAUAUAUUGAGUAUUUUUAAUUUAAUGUUAUUAUGUUGGGGUUUAGGGGGCUACACUCGACUUGUAUUGUGUCUUAUUUUGCCAUUGUCACCAACAAUCCACCCAGGAGACUGAAAACACAGAAUGCCAGUCGGGUGUUCGAUUCUCUCUGCAUGUAUGCUGCUAUUUUUUCCCGAUUAACUUUCUCCCCACUUCCUUUAUGUUUUUUUUUCUUUCUUUGAUGGAGUGCCACCAAAGUGCUGUUGUGUCUCUGGUUGUUUACUCACAGAUAACUGCAAAGAGGUUGUCUUUACUGGUUUCACACAAGCAGAGAGCAGCGUUCUAUCUUAAUGGCAUGGGGGGAAGGCACCGCCAUGGUGGAAAGGUAACCAUCUGAGCGAGCAUGAGGGUCACAUUGCAGUGCGUCCCCCUCUCACCCUUUUUGGUCAUGAGUUAAAAUUUGUGUUAUUGUGUGUGUGUGUGUGUGUGUGUACUAAAAGGGGGGUUAUUCAAUGAUGCUAUUCCAUAAUACCUGUAUGUGUUUGCAGAGACAACAUGCACUCUUGAUGGCGCCAUUAAAGAUGCUGCCUGUAGCAUUUUAAUCAGUGGAUGAUCACCACAUUAAUACGGAGUAUAACAAAACAAAAUGUAAACAAAUUAUAUCAUCACUGCGGAGAAAAACUGCAUUUUGCAUCAUUUGCCACCAGAUUUGGUUGGAAAUUUGCAUGAUUUACACAUUUGUUUGUUGUUUGCAACUUUUUCUACUUUUGCUCUUUUACUGCACAGUUCACACUUCAUCACAGCCAUCACCAAGGGCUACUAACUGCUCUCAAAUCCCCGAACCAGACGGACGAGCCUGAAGUCCUCAUAUCAAAUCAUUCAAACCAAAGCAGCCUUUGCUUUGUCAUUUCAGUCAUUCACGUUUAUUUCCUGACAGACAUAAAUUGCCUCUGUGCACCAACAGGUGUGGGACAGCAGACAUAACCAUGCAGCGAUGUGCCUCACCCAUCCCUACAGUAUGUCUAUACCAGUAGCAAAGGGUUGCUUAGCAACUGGCUCACAGCUAGAUGAAUCUUACACAUAGCUCGGCAAAAAGUCAAACAACUAAAAAAGAAGAGCUCUCGCAAACAUUUCUCUUUGUCUGUACUCCAAAUUAUUGAAUCAUCCCAAUUUACAGCACUGCAAUAUACAAUAGAGCUUUUCUAAAUCUGCAUAUAUGCUGAAGGAGCACCAUAGAUUUGUAUGUUCUCAUUUUCUGUGCUUAUAUUGAAAAUAGCCAGACUGUGCAUGGCAAGUUCUUCUGAAAUAAUGCUCAACAGAGACAGAUUAUGCAUUUCUGAUAUUUAGAGAUGUGUUUAUAUUUUAUUUAGACAGUUCUUUUCCUAUUUGAAUGACGGUGGGAUAAGUCAUCAGUAUGAGGACCUACUGCAGUGGGAGGACCCCAUUUGGAGCCAUAAGGCCACUCCUGCAGGACAAUAUGGACGAGGAGGCACGCAAAAAAAAACCCAAUGACUGACAGCCAGCCAGCCAGCCAGUGGCUCAGUGAGCAGGAAACUCAAUGAUCAAGAGGAAAUCCUGGGAGGACUUUGACGAGCAUUUACAUUUUCCUGGUUUCUCUUUUUGCUUUUCUGUGGAGAGAAAAAAAAGAGAGAGCAAAGCAAACUGGACACGUCCAUAAAAGAGACUAUCUACUGUAUAGAUAUUGCUCCUGUAAAUAAGACAACAACACAGCACAUCUGGGCCACGCGGCUCUGUCCACACAUCUGUCUUUUGAUGGCGAGUCAGGUAACAAGGUGGUUGGUUGCUAAGUUGCGCCGUGACACUCAAUCACUUUUCUUGCUGUGGUAUCCCUCCUCGCAAUAAGUGUAUUAAGAUGUAUCAGUUGAGGCACUUUGUGUUCUAAAAAUGGAGUGUAUUCAUAUAUGAAAUUCUACAUACAGUAUAUACAGUAUAGAGAGACAAACGUGCUAAGUUGAAUAAAUGUGACAUUAUGGUCAUCUCUGCUUUUGUUUCCCUUGGUAAUUUUCAGUAGGUUAAUUGCUCUGCUGUGUGUUAAUGUGUGUGUGUGUGUAUCCUAAAACUCCAGGGUAAGAUCUGUAGUUUGAAAGGCCAGGUCAGCGGAUACCAAUGAGUGGACUUGCUGUCACUCAUCCAGUUAGUUUUAGCACAAACGUGAACGAGACAGAGUUCCCCUGUGAUGCAGUCGCCUUUGUAGAAGUCCCCCCCCCCCCCCCUCCGCCCUGCCCUGCUGUGCAUCCAACAUGCAAGUACCCUGCAUUAGUGCUGCAGAUGUUUGUCUCUUCACAAACCAAAUUAUUCUUACCAGACUAUUCCUCAUAACUCCUGGUGGCUAAAAAAAACUGCAUAACUUGAUUCUUCCAAACUUUUCCCCUUGUGGGGGUGGAGCAACAGUGUAGCAGAAGUUUACCAAGUUAUUAAGUGGGACUUCUAGAAUGGCUACAUCUGCACAGUAGCAAUCCCAUGUACCCAAACAAUCAGAUCGGAUUUGCAAUAAGCACCCGAAAACAAAAAGCGCCGAUCCACACUGUGAUUUCAGCAGCCCGUUAAAACCAGAAGGCGGAAGGAAAGCAGAGUGAAAGUGCAGCUCUAAAAGCUGAUAGAAAGGACUGGCAGAUGACGCAACGUACGUGUUGCGACCUGCACAGUUGUUGGCUAGCUGUCAAGUGUCACCCUGUACCCACAAUCCUCCUCGUGUAGUACACACGCUGCUUUACUCUUUGAAUUGACAAAGGGGUACCGUUCUUUGUGUAUUUUUAGGAUGACGUUGUAACUUGAAAAAAAAGGUGUUUAUUUUUUUGAAUCCAGACCAUGUAUUUUUGUGUCUUACUGUUGAGUACAUUGCUCUUACCUGUAAAAGUCAUGGUAGUCUGAUGCUGUGCUUCUCCAUCGUGUCCUCAAACUGUCAGGCUUUUGAUCCGAGUUCAUGUUUUGUAUGUUUUACUGUGAGGAAAAAUCUAGUUUGAAGUCUGUAUUUGUGGAGCCUUUUGUUGGCAUUCUAAAGUGCAUGCUGAAAAGAACCAUUAUGUCAAAUUGUAAAAAAAAAAAAAAAAAAAAGAUGACAUACUGUAUAUCACGUUCAAAACAAUGUGUAUAGAGUAAAGGUAAAUGCUAUGUGAGAGAUUCACAUAAACUAUUUAUCUUUUAA